UCUCCUUUUUGCUCUCUUUUUUCUUCUCUUUUUUCUCGCUCUCUCUACAUCCCCCGUCACCCUUUUCCCUGCCUUUCCCCUUCUCAAGCAAAGAGACAAACAAACAAGGGCCAUUGUACUCGUGUGAGGUAAAUGUAACUUUGCUGUUGGUGAUCCGUCUUCAUAAUUUGUAUUCACUGGUAUUUUUUUUUUUUUUUUUUCUUUCAUUGUGACAGCACCUUUUGAUGUCACCGUAACAGGUCUUGUUUUUCCUCUGUCGCUGUCCUAUUGUCUCUUUCUUUUUUUUGUAAGAGCGGCCGUUGCUCGAUGUGACGAGUUUAUAUCGUGUAUAUAUGUUUUAUGCACAACAGAGUUUUUAAAGUAAUGCACUACUUUUUCCAUAUUGUUUUAUAUUUUAGAUUUCGUCAGAUUAUUGCCGACGCUGUGGCUAUUCUAUAUUCUUUAAAUGUUAUUGGUAUAUUACAUAUGUUACAAUUUGAUUGUUACAAAUGGUACACAUUUAUUGCUGUAAUUAACGCUUAUUUUAUCAUCAUUGCCACCUUGCAGCACAUUUAUCGCCACCAUCUCCAUCGCCAUUUCCUUGAAACCAUUGCUGAAAUACCGAUUGAUUCGUUUGAAUUAUCGCAGUGAUGAGUUUAACCAGGUUCUCUUUCGUUGCCGGGCUUGAGCAGGCAAACGUUGCGGAGAGGCCAAGCUGGUCGGUAUGCAGGCUUGGGGUUUGGGAGGGGGGGAGUGGAGGGGAUCCAACAGCCCCCUCCCCUCUCUGGGCCUCCCCUCGCUCGCCAGAUUAUAUGUUUGUUGACGUUGUGAUGACACGCCCGGGCCACUCUGGGGUUACUCUUACCUCCUCGUUCGGGUCUUCAUUGUUAAGGCUUCAUGAUUGCUGGGUUGGGGAGGUGGGGAGGGAUGGGGAAGGGUAGGAAGUGGUUAUGCUUUCUUAAAGGACAGUGUUUUGUACAUUAUUUCCUUUCCCUUUUCUUUCUUCACUUAUUUUUAAUUUUCUUAUCAUCAUGGCCUUUUUACCUCUGCCAUGGGUUUGCUCACUCGUUGCCGUAUUCUUGCCAUUCACCCUCCCUUCUUCCCUGCCAACGCACCCUGCACCUCCUCAUUGGCUUUCCACCUUGUCAUCUCCAUUACGUGCGUUAUCACUGCUUCUGCAUCAGCACCCGCGGAUGAGGUUCCUGCUCUUUCUCUGUCGUCACCUGUGCGAGGCAGACGUAAACAUUGCCAGCAAGGCGUAAACAGGAUUAAAAAAAAAAAAAAAAAAAAAAAAAGUAAAGCUAAAAGUAUUAAACAAUUAUAGUUUCUGGAAAAGCUGCUGACCCGAGGCAUUGCAUCCACCCUCCUUCCCCUCCCUGUUGCUCUGGGCAUCAGGCUCCUUUGCAUGCUCCAUCGUCAAAGAAAGGCCUGGGAAGACGAAGCUUUUUCAACGGCUAUAUUUGUUUAAUGCUCAAAUGUGCAAUCUGUUUACGUGUUGUUGCUAAUGUUUGUAUUUGUUUACAGGCAAGUGGCGACGGCCGUGGGGCAGGUGUCUCAUUCACAGGUCAAGCAACGAAGGGCUGCGCGAAAGACGGAAAGGGAAAGUCUCCGCGGGACCAGCACAAGCGGAAGCGCAGGGUGGAGGACCCUUCGCCCUCGCCCUCCCCCUCCCCCCCUCCCAAGCACCAGCGCCAGAACCUCCCAGGAACUCCGGAGGCGACGAAGACCGCGAAGAAGCCGAAGCCAAAUCAGCGGAAAAGGUCCCUGAGCAGCGAGAGAGGGUCCGAGACCGCGGGUUCCUCCGGCAGCCAGACUGACGGCGAGAGUGUGGGCAAGCAGGAGCACCCUACGAAGCAGAAGACAGCGACGGGGCAAGAAGAAUCGGCCAUUCAAGAGAUGAGCGGCCAGACAAAAAGGGUUAAGCAGGAGAAAAUGGCCAGCGUGGCGGAGGGGCAGAAUAACGAGGCCGAAGAAGCGCAAAACAAGCAACGCGCAGCGAAGAGACUUAAGAGGCUCAAGCGAUUUCUGCAGUUGAAUAAGCACAAGCCUUUCUCCAAGCUGCAGAGGUUGGUCAGACUGAAGAGGUUGGUCAAGCAGAAGGGCCGAGCCAAGCAGAACUUGAGCACAAGGGGACAAAAGAAGCAGCGAGACCAAGCCAAGGGAAAGAGCUUGUUCAGGCAAGAUGAAGUGAAACCUGAAGGCUUAGGCAAGCAGAAGAACUUGGCCACCAAGAAUGAGGGCGUGGGAAGAGGCUGCGGUAAGGAGAAGAGCGACGCCAAACAUGAGAUCGUGGUUAAGCAAGAGAAUGUGGCUAAUCAGGAGAUAACAAGUACCCAGAAAAGAGCAGCCAGCAGUAUUCUUCAUUCAUGCAAGCAGGGGCGCAUAGUGAAACGGAAAUCGAAAAAGAGCAAGAACCCCAGCAUUAAAAGUAAACAAAAGAUUAGAGAUGAGUAUUCUGCAUUCGGUAACCUCAUAGCGAAUCAGCUGCGCAACAUGGAAAGCAAAAGUACUCUUAACAUCGUGCAACACAGAAUUUGUCAAGUCAUGAUUGAAGUACAGAUGUGGCACUACAAGCCAGAAAUUGCACGUAUGCUUUUCCCCAGUCCUCAUGGGCCCUCGGCGCCUCCUUCUGCUUCGCCUCCUUCCACGGGUUUUGGCACGGCUGCUCCGGUUACCCCCCAUGGCCAGGAAGCAUCUGUGCUGCACUACCUUCCCACUGCACUACCUUCUGUCGCACAAACCCAACCGUGUGGUGCAUGUUCGAAACAAAGUACUUCCACAACGCGAGUGUCGGGAACCCCAGCCACGCCCCCAACGUCAGCCUCAGUCCUGGUCGCUGUUCCCAAUCCAACGGUGUCAAACCUAGUCCCAUCUAAUCCUCUUGUGCCUGCUCCUGUUAGGUUUAAUCUCCCCUCUUCGAACCGUGUUGUGCUUACCCCUGGCUGGUCCAACCCUCCCACGACCAACCCAGUUGUGUUUCCCCUUAUUAAGUCGAAGCCGCCAACGACGAAUGUUUUCUUAACUGUUGUUAGGCCCAAUCCUUCUACCUCAAACCCAGUGGCGUUUACUUCAGAGAAGUGUAAACAACCUUCACUUAGCUUGUCCACAUCUAAUCAGACAGAGCGUAGUCAAACUGCCGCAGAGCCAGGUAGUCAUAGCGCAUCUACAUCUGACACGGGUGCCCUUAACCCAGUUUCAGUAGAGGGAACAGCCCCACCUAGCCUAGUUACGUCUCAUGAAACUACAACUAACGUAAUUUCUUAUAUUCCGAGUGCUACUCUCGAUGUAACUGGCAUGCAUAUGGAGAAAACCAACCCAACUACACUGAAUUCUUCCACACUGCGCACAAUUCUUACUUCAGCUCCUCCUAAGCAAAACUUUUGUAGCCUUUCUAAAAUGGGUAUUUAUGCUCAAACCCUAGUUUCACUUAAUCCGCCAUUGACAAGGACGACUCAAUCAGAGCCAACCAUAUCCAGCUCGUGCAUGCAAACAUCAAAACCAACCACAUCAAUCUUAGAUGCUGCACUCAAGUCAGCCAUACCAGAAGCAGUCACUUCCAUGACUGAUGUAACAGGAUCGGUCAGUUGCAUACCAUAUUCAUCUGUGCCUACACUAAAUCUGUUAACACAAAUGAUAACUGUGCCAGACUCGGCUACAGCACAAGCAAAAACGCCGAAACCAAAUGUAGUUAUGCCUGGGCCGGCUACAACAAGGUCAGCUGAUAACCAAGAACCGAAUUUACCAGUAACAUGUGUGGCGACAUUUGACACACCUAUAUCUAUCGCAUCUAACCUUGACACCGAAACAAAGGACCCUACAACUCGUGGUGUAGCAAUGUUUAUUCCCGUUACGGAGAACAUAGUUAUGCCUGGCAUUGGCGCGUCAAACAUGAAGAGCCCAACUGACCCAAAUGUAGUGGUAACUGAUUCAAAUACACUACAUGCACCUCAGUCAGACAUGUUUGUUGAUCCACAUGUAGUUACGCCUGGCUCUGAUGCUUUGAAGCCUACAACAUCAUCAUCAAAUCCACCUUGGCUAAGUGAUUGUUCACCUCAUCCAUCUACAGUAGAUGUAGUUUCAACCAACCAGUCUUCCCCACUAUCUACCGUUCCAGAUGUAGCUGCUCCUAUCUCAGUCAUUUCAAGUGAAGCUACAGGGGACAUGCCAAAUACACAAGAAAUUAUUUCAUCUCAGCCAGGGACACUUUCCUCAAAUAUAACCUUAUUGGAGAAAGCUAAACCAAACGAAGGUGCAUCCAUUUUAUCGGCUAAUGUAUCUGUGCCAUCACGUGUACCUCCAAACCAAGAAAUAUUAGAUGAGCUAAGUACACCUGGUGUUAGUGACCCAGCAGUACAUCCUGGUCCAAAGUCAACUCUUGAAGCUGCAGAUGCAAGUGCAGAUACCCAUGACGUACCUGUCCAUUCACCUGCACUUGUUGUAGAAACAUCUGAGUUAACUAAACCAUGUUCAACAGCUCCGGUUGUAGAUGGAACUGAUCAAAAUACACCUGUAGCUCCAUGUAAUCCAACUACAUCUAUUGUAACUAGUCCAGAUCCAGCUACUAUUGACUCAGAUGGAUCCAGCCCGGGUGCGGACAUCGAUUUGCCUGUGGUAUCUACACCCAUUACAGUUACUGCUGAUAAUUGUGUUUGUGUAACUUCUAGUCCAGCUACACCUCCUGUAGCUGCAUGUGUAGAUACACAGGAUGGAGUUACACCUAUAGUUUCUAGUCCAGUUACACAUAUUGUAGCAACAGCUGUUGACGUAGCACAAGUACUUGCAACCGAUUCAGUUGCACCUGUUGUAGAUAUGUCGGGCCCACCCACAUCAAGUUUAAAUAAACCAACUACACCUGAUGAGCCAAUUACACCUAUUGCAGACACAGAUGUAUUAGAUACACCUGACGUAGCUAUGACUGAUGUAGGUACUCAUAGUCCAAAUACAACUGAUUUAGAUAUGGUUGACCAAACUGCACCUGUUGUAGAUGUUCGGAGUCCAGCUACACCUCUUGCAGAUACUCCUAAUCCAGGUACAUCUCCCGCAUCAGUUUAUGAUGAAACACCUGGCACACCCAACCAGACACCUACUGGAGCUACUGCUGAUCCAGUAAUACGUGAUUUAGCAUCUGGUUCUGUUGCACCUACAACAGAUACACCUGAUCCAGCUAUAUUUACUGUGGCAUCUCCCAAAUCGCCUGCACCAAAUGAAGCUUCAGAACGAAGUGUACCUGGUGCAGCUACUGACCCAGGUACACCAGACCUUGGUGUAGCUUCUGAUCCAACUACAUCUGCUAUAGCUUCUAAUCCAAGUACACCUGUUGUAGCUACUGACGUAACUACACCUGAUCACGCAACACCUAGUGUAGCUGAUGACCCAGUCACAUUUAGUGAGGAUGCCCAUACAGUUCCACCAAGGGUAGUUUCUGAUCCAAGUACACCUGGCGUAGGUAGUGACCCAGCAAACCCCGGUGUAGCUAUUGGCCCAACUACACCUGGUGAAUCUUCGGAUCUGGUUACACUUAAAGAGGUUGCCGAUCCAGCUAUCACUCGAGCUACACCUAGUGUACUCACCGAAGCAGCCACACUCGGUGAAGCCUCAAACCUGACAAUACCAGGUGAAGCUAUCGACUCAGCUACACCUAGCGAAGGUUGUGAUCAAGUAGUACCUGUUGAAGGUACUGAUACAGCUACACCUGCUGAAGCUGCUGAAAGUACGAAUGUACCUGCUACAGCUGCAGAAUUUAUUAAUCCAGCAACAAUUGCUAAAGGUAGCGGUGUAGUUACACCUGCUGAAAGUCCAGAUCCAAGUUCAGCUGUUGAAAGUACUAACCCAGUUACUGCUGCGGAAGGUAGUGACGCAGCUACACCAACUGAAGCUACUGAAAAUGUAGAUUAUACUACAUCUGCAGAAGGUACUGAUCCUGCUACACUUGCUAAAGGUAUUGAUCCUGCUACACUUGCUAAAGGUAUUGAUCCAACAACACCUGCUGAAAUUCCUGAUCCAACAACACCUGCUGAAAUUCCUGAUCCAACAACACCUGCUGAAAUUACUGAUCCAACAACACCUGCUGAAAUUACUGAUCCAACAACACCUGCUGAAAUUACUGAUCCAACAACACCUGCUGAAAUUACUGAUCCAACAACACCUGAUGAAAUUCCUGAUCCAGCUACACCUGCUGAAAUUCCUGAUCCAACAACACCUGCUGAAAUUACUGAUCCAACAACACCUGAUGAAAUUCCUGAUCCAGCUACACCUGCUGAAAUUCCUGAUCCAACAACACCUGCUGAAAUCCCUGAUCCAGCAACACCUGCUGAAAUUACUGAUCCAACUACACCCGUUGAAAUUACUGAUCCAACUACACCCGUUGAAGUUACAGAUCCAGCAACACCUGCUGAAGUUACUGAUCCAGCUACACCUGCUAAAAGUAUUGAUCCGGCUACACCUGCCGAAGGUAGUAGCCCAGCUACACCCGUUGAAGCAGAAGAUCCAGCGACAUCUGCUAAAAGUAUUGAUCCAGGUACACCUGUCGAAGAUAGUGGCCGAGCUAUACCUGCUGAAGGUAGAAGCCCACCUACACCCGUUGAAGCAGAAGAUCCAGCGACACCUGCUGAAGGUACUGAUCCAGCUACACCUGCUGAAGGUACAGAUAAAGCAACACCUACUGAUGGCACAGAUACAGCAAUACCUGCUGAAGGUUCAGAUCCAGAAACACCUGCUGAAGGUAGUGGCCCAGCUACUCCCGUUGAAGCAGCAGAUCCAGCUACACCUAGCGUUGCUUCUGGUUCAACGACACCAGACCCAAGUGUAGUGUAGAUGCAUCUAGUGUGGCUGUGUCUGAUUCAACUGCGUAAGAUGUGGUAGUCUAAUAGCCAGUUCAGUUACAUCAGAUGCACGAAAGCUAAACACACGAAAUAACGGAGAGAAUCAGAGUCCAUUUGCAUCCAUUUUACUGUAGUUAUCUUUGUGGUUGUUUAUUGCUUGUUG